AUGGCGACAGAGUUUCAUAACCUGCAAGAGCUGAGGCACAGUGCGUCUCUGGCCACAAAGGUGUUCAUACAGAGGGACUACAGCGAGGGAACAGUCUGCCGCUUCCAGUCCAAGUUCCCCUCAGAGCUCGACAACCGGAUCGAGCGGAGUUUGCUGGAGGAGACCGUGAAGACCUUGAACUCUUAUUACGUUGAAGCUGAAAAAAUCGGAGGCCAGUCGUACAUGGAAGGAUGCCUGGCCUGUGCUACAGCGUAUUUUGUCUUUCUGUGCAUGGAAACGAGAUAUGAAAAGGUGCUGAAGAAGAUAUCAGGCUACAUCCAGGAGCAGAAUGAGAAGAUCUAUGCUCCGAGAGGCCUGCUCCUCACAGACCCCAUAGAGAGAGGAAUGCGCGUUCUGGAGAUCAGUGUGUAUGAGGACCACGGCUGCAGCAGCUCCAGCCCCAGCAGCAGCAGCAGCAUGUCCUCAGCCUGCAGUACCGCUCGGUGACUGGAGGGGCAGCGCCAGGCAUACGGGUAUCAGCACAGGGGCAG